UAUGUAUUUAUAAACUGACACCAUUGUCUAUAAAAAGGAGAGCAAAAUCGAGCUUAAUUUAGAUAGAGAUAUACUUAUUAAAUAUGUUUCCAAAAAUAUCAUCCGUAGCAGUACGCCAACUAUUGCUAUAUUCUCUUCUUCUUCUCCAAUCGUAUUCUUCAUGGGCAACUUCACCCAAUUCAACGGCUGAAAACUUCAUUGAAUGUGUCUCAAUCAAUUCUGAGCUUUCAGUUCCAGUCGUCACAACCCUCUUCACACCAAACACUUGUUCAUUCACUUCUGUUCUCGGAUUCACACCAACUAAUCUCAGGUUUUUGGAGCCCUCAGUUCCCAAACCCCAGUUCAUCUUUACUCCCGUCCAUGAUUCCCAUGUCCAAGCAGCCGUGAUUUGCUCAAAAAAGCUAGGCUUCCAUCUCAGAGUUCGAAGUGGAGGCCACGACUAUGAAGGAGUUUCCUACGUCUCCGAGAUCGAAACUCCAUUCAUUGUCAUAGAUCUCAUCAACCUUCGACUCGUCGAUGUUGACAUCGAAGAUAACUCGGCUUGGGUUCAGGCUGGCGCAACUCUCGGAGAACUUUACUAUAGAAUUUCUCAGAAAAGCAAACUCCAUGGCUUCCCAGCCGGGAUUUGUCCGAGUGUGGGAAUUGGCGGGCAUAUAACUGGUGGAGGCUAUGGCGCUAUGUUGAGAAAAUAUGGCCUCGCAGCUGAUAAUGUUGUCGACGCUCGAAUUGUCGACGUUAACGGUCAAAUUCUUGAUAGAGAAAUGAUGGGAGAGGACUUGUUUUGGGCGAUCCGUGGUGGUGGCGGAGGAAGCUUUGGAAUCAUUCUUUGGUGGAAGAUUAAGCUCGUACCGGUGCCUGAAACAGUGACGUUUUUUAGAGUUGGUAAGACGUUGGAACAAGGUGCCACGAAGCUCGUCUAUCGGUGGCAACAAGUUAUGGAUAAGCUUGAUGAAGAUCUCUUCAUUAACGUUCUUUUCCAGAUUGCUAAUUCAAGCACCAAUACUAAUCAGAGAACACUCAGGAUUAGUUACAAUGCACUAUUUCUUGGUGACGCUAAUAGGCUCCUUAAAGUUCUUGGGAAUGGUUUUCCUGAAUUGGGUUUGGAGCGAAAAGAUUGCAUGGAAAUGAGCUGGGUUGAAUCAGUUCUUUAUGUCGACGGAUACCCGAAAGGAACACCUGUCCAAAGCCUUCUCCAGGCCAAAAAUAGAUUCAGAACUUACUUCAAAGCAAAAUCAGACUUUGUCACAACUCCAAUACCUGAAAAAGCCCUAGAAGGACUCUGGUCAAGGAUGUUGAAGGAGGAGGGUCCAGCUAUGGUUUGGACUCCAUUUGGAGGAAAGAUGAGCAAGAUUUUGGAUUCGAAAAUUCCAUACCCUCACAGAAAGGGAAUCCUUUUCAUGAGUCAGUACUUAACUACCUGGACAGAUGGAGACAAAGACCCACAAAGGCAUAUUGAUUGGAUUAGGGAGUUGUAUGAGUAUAUGACUCCUUAUGUUUCCAACUCUCCAAGACAAGCUUAUGUCAAUUAUAGAGAUCUUGAUUUGGGGAUUAAUAAGAAGAACAUGAAAUUCAAUUGGGCAAGUACUGAUCAUUGGGGUAUAAAGUAUUACAAUAGGGAUAACUUUAAGAGAUUGGUACGUGUGAAGAGCAAAGUUGAUCCCCACAACUUCUUCAGGCAUGAACAGAGCAUUCCACCUUUAAAUUACUAGACUAUAUUUCUAUAACUAAUAAGUAUGAAUAAUUUGGGAAGAUAAUUAUGUAUUUUUCUCACAUGUACACGUAAUGUACGUUAUGAAAUUUUUCUUAAUUUAUUUUUAAUAUCGUCUUAAUUAAUUGGAAGAUGGAAAUAUAUUAUUGAAGUUUGUUGGA